GGAUACAUUUUCAAUGCCCACACCUACCUACUCUUGGCUUCAAAUGGCCAUGUUGUCAAAGAACCUACAGAAGGCCUCGUUGGCUUUGAACGCUAGUACAGUCGCAUCCAGUACACAAGCUUCUUCCACCUCUGGUCACGAGUUCAAAUCCCUACCUACCGCACCGCUCAGGCCCUUGUCAGCUUCAUCUGCUUCGAAACCAAUAACUGUGACGACACGUUCCACCUUUGUGGUCCCUUCCACGGGCUUCAACGAAGGGUCCUCUCGCACUUGGUCAGGGAACAGUCCCAGCCGUCCCAGAUCGGCCGAGGUCCCUACCAUUCUCUCCGAGGCUGGGAAUCGUGGCUCAGCCACGCCAGAUCCGUCUGUUAUGAUGACUCUAAUGAAUCAGUCCAUCAAUAACACAUUGAAUCGAAUGCAAAUGCCCGAGGGCGAGGACUAUGGGGGCGUGCCCAGCGAUGACGCUCUCAUGAAAAGCUCAAGUUCUAGGGACAAUCUCCAAUGGAACGCGAGUGAAAGUUAAUGAAACGAGGAGUGGUGAUCCACCCACUCGACUAAACCAAAAAAACACUCUUAAGAAAACCAAGAUAUAAGAUUGAGUAGAUAUUCCAUCCUUUUUUGACUUGGAAAAGAGUGAACCCUUUCAAAACAGCUAUAUGCUUUUGGUGCGUCCAACAGAACAGUUUCAUUAAUAUCAUAACGAUUUCAUGACAAAAGCGAUAGGUAGUCGUUGAUGUUCCAUAUCUAUGUGUUUUUAUUCUCCCUUUGAAAUGUGAUGGUGGCCCAACUUUUACAGUACACGGACUAAUCAAGCAAUCACGCCCUCUCCUUUCAGUUUGUAUGCCUAUUAAUGGAUUUUGACAUCCUUUUUCAAUGCGUAUCAUAUAUUCUUUGUCGACUCCUGAAACAUUUCUCGUUAUCCAUUUGUUUGAGUUAUUACCCUAACGGAAAUAAAUCAUUCGUUGAAUCUCGAAAA